UGAGCCUCUGCCAGGCUAGGGCAGCCGCUGGAGGAGUAGGACGCAUGCGCAGACCUGAAAAAAAAAAAACCGCAAACGGUGAUCCCCAGAUCCCCGGUGCUUUAGAAUCUUGCUGAAUGUCUCCGGCUGGAGGCCGGUGCAAAAACAGGUCCUGCCACGCGGAGCCGCGUCCUCGAUGAGCACCCGGGCUUUGCUCCGUUUCCCCGCGCCACUGAUCAGGAUGUGCUGGGGGAACUGGGGGCUCCAGGAGAAGCCGGCACUGCGCUUGCCAGGAAUGGCCGCCACUGCGGUGCAGGUGGCGGGCAAGAAGGACUGCCCUGCUCUGCUUCCCCUGAACGAGAGUGACCUGGAAGAACAGUUCGUGAAAGGCCAUGGUCCGGGGGGCCAGGCCACCAACAAAACCAGCAACUGUGUAGUCCUCAAACACGUGCCCUCCGGCAUUGUGGUCAAGUGCCACCAAACGCGAUCUGUGGAUCAGAACCGAAAGAUCGCUCGGAAGAUCCUCCAGGAGAAAGUGGAUGUUUUCUACAACGGCAUCAACAGCCCUGUUCACAAAGAGAAGCUUGAGGCUGAGAGGAGAAAGCGAGAGAGGAAGAAAAGAGCAAAGGAGACUCUAGAAAAGAAGAGGCUGUUGAAAGAAUUAUGGGAAGCCAGUCAGAACAUCACCGAGAAAAGGACCGAUGCUGCUGGUGGGCCGGGGGGCUCCCGGGAAUAAUGGCGGCACGUGUUGGACCAUCUGAGAAAGCAUCCUGGACGUGGACGCGGUGGUGUAUACUUGCAGUCUCAGCACUUGGGAGAGCUAAGGCUAAGGCCUGGGCAGACGCCCUUGUCCCACAAGCCGAACAGCCUGAGUUUGAUCCUCAAGAUCCACAUAAGAGUCGAGGGUCAGAACUGACUCCACAAAGUUGUCCUCUGACCUCCUCACAUACACUGACAUGUAUGCCCACACUCAUCACACACAAAAAUAACCAAUAAACCGUUAAGAUCAAAACAGUUUGAAAAAGCACUGAUAGUAGUUAAGCCCACUUUUUUGGCAAGUUGGAUCAAAUAGCAUUUAGUGGUAUCUGGUCAACUGCAGGGCCACUGCUGAGCUGUCUUAGGUAUCAUUUAUCCUUAGAUUUUGGUAAAAAGGAAAUGACAGGGAACUGUUACUAAGUUACCUGCUGUGCUUACUAGUUUUAACAGUCAACUUCACAGACAACCUAUAAUCACCAGGGGAAAGUCUCAGUGAGAAAUUAUGAGGAUGUCUGUGGGGAUUAACUAAAGUCGGGAAAUGCCGCCCAUUGUGGGCAACAUCAUCCCCUAAACAGGAAUCUAGAACAAUAUAAGAAAGCUAGCAGGCUGGAAAGAUGGCUCAGUGGUUAAGAACACUGACUGCUCUUCUAGAGGUCCUGAGUUCAAUUCCCAGCAACCACACGGUGGCUCACAACUGUCUGUAAUGAGAUCUGGUGCCCUCUUCUGGCCUGCAAGGACACAUGCAGGCAGAACACUGUAUACAUAAUAAAUAAAUCUUGAAAAAGAAAAGAAAGCUAGCUAAAAAAGAGCAAACAAUACUUUUAUUCUCUUCUCGACUGUGAAUAUGACGUGACACUGCUUGAGUUCCUGCCUUGACUUCACCCCAAAUGACGGACUGUAACUUGAAAUAGAUAAACGAAUAAAUUCCUUUCUUUCAUAA